AUGAACGCGCACGUAGCGAAAGAUGCCGCAAAGCGGCACGAAGUCGAAAUCACCAAGUUGACAAAGGACGAAAUGACAUUCGUGCUACACAAUAGUAACACGGGCAUGGCGAAUGCGCUGCGAAGGAUCAUGUUGUCGGAAAUCCCAACGCUUGCCAUCGAUGUUGUGAAUGUGUACGAAAACACAAGCCCUUUCCAUGAUGAAUUCCUAGCGCACAGAUUAGGGUUAAUACCAAUUGAUAGUAGAAAUGUUAAAAAUUUUGAGUUCAGAGAAAAAUGUAAAUGUAAGGAGACAUGCUCCAAAUGCACCAUUCAGUAUUUGAUUCAGGUGAAGUGCAACAACGUUAGCAAAAUAGACGUAACGCAUUAUGACAUCGAGUCUGUGGAGCACGAACCAAAUGUGCCAAUGCCGGUGCCAUUUGAAGAUAGAAAUAAUAAAAUGGCACAGAGCAAUGCCAUUCCAAUUGUUACACUGUCUAAAAAUCAAACGUUACAUAUGAAGUUAAUAGCCACAAAAGGAAUUGGAAAAAUGCAUGCCAAGUGGAUACCUGCAAAUGUAUCCUACAGAAUCGACCACAAGGUUUCCAUCAAACAUCACUUAAUCAAUUCUCUAUCGCCUGAACACAAACUAUUGUUAGCCAACAGCCUGAACAAAGAUUGCUACGUUUUGAAAAAUGCCGAAGCUCACGAUAGGGAUAUGUCUUUAAGGUUAAAUGAAAAUAUGUCCGUCGUCAUGGCAGAGAGUUGUAUCGAAGUUCUCAACGAAUUGGGAUAUAAAGAUGUUGUAAAAAUAAUUUAUGAUGAAACCAAGUUCCAUUUUAAAGUCGAAUCUGUUGGUUCCAUGCCACCGGAGCAGGUUGUAGAAAUGGCCAUAGAAAUUUUGGAGAAUAAGUUAAAGACGCUAGAACCCCAAAUAAAGUCCUCCUUCUAUUCCAUCGAUGAGGUAGCCAAGCAGCUCAAGGAACAGGGCGUUUCUCUGUACGGAAUUCAGCUCGACCUGGAGUGA